AUGCAGUCGCUUGCGAGCUCGUUCGCGCGCAUCAGCCUCUCGGCCCGACCAGCACUCGCCCGCGCCGCACCCCUCGCGUCCACCUCCCGCCUCGUCCUCCCCCCUUCCUCCUCCUCGCUCCCUCGACUCGCCGCCUCGCCCCGCACCUUCUCGACCUCGAGCCCGGCCCAGGCGACCUUGAACCAGGUGACGCGUGGCGCCCGCAAGCUCGUGCGGCGGCAGAACAAGACGCCCGCGCUCGAGGGCUGCUACCAGAAGAAGGGCGUCUGCAGCAAGGUCUACACCGUCAAGCCCCGCAAGCCCAACAGUGCCGUGCGCAAGGUCGCCAAGGUCAAGCUCAGCACCGGCCGCGCCGUCAUCGCCUACAUCCCGGGCGAGGGCCACAAUUUGCAGGAGCACUCGGUCGUCCUCGUGCGCGGCGGACGCACCCAGGACUUGCCCGGAGCCAAGUACAAGAUCGUGCGCGGCGCGCUCGACCUCGGAGGAGUUGCCGGCCGGGCCGUCUCGAGGAGCAAGUACGGCACCAAGAAGCCGAAGAAGUAG